AUGUUGUUAAUCAAUACCGAAACCCUGAAACUCGAGUCCAUCGUCAACCCCCCACCAGGUUCCUACGCCAUCCUCUCACAUACCUGGGGGAAAGAAGAGAUCAACUUCCAGGAAUGGAACUGCAUCGAAUCCGGAGAAGGUCCUGAGGCAGACAAGCUGAAGACAAAGUCAGGCUUUGCAAAGAUCGAAAUGACGUGCCGCAUAGCAAAGGCCGACGGACUGAAAUACGCCUGGGUCGAUACCUGCUGCAUCGACAAGAGCAGCAGCGCGGAAUUGUCGGAAGCUAUCAACUCAAUGUUCAAAUGGUACCGAGACUCGCACAUUUGUUACGCCUACAUGUCAGAUCUGGAAAAGGCUUCUGAUCUGAGUCAACUCCAAGAAUGCCGGUGGUUCACCAGAGGCUGGACACUUCAGGAAUUGAUUGCCCCUCAAAAGGUCCGCUUCUACGACAAGUGGUGGGUCGAAGCCGGCACCAAGUCCAAAUUCCAAGAGCUGCUGGCAAAGAUUACAAGGAUCGACUCGGACGUCCUCGUCAAUGGUCAAAAUCUGGACUUUGUUCCGGUCGGCAGGAAAAUGUCUUGGGCGGCUCCCAGAGAGACCAGCCGGGUGGAGGAUAUCGCAUACUGCCUGUUAGGAAUCUUCAACGUCAACAUGCCUCUGCUGUACGGAGAAGGGGAUAGAGCAUUUCUCCGCUUACAAGAGGAAAUCCUCAAGGAACACAAUGACUUGAGUCUGUUCGCGUGGCAAAACACCUCGGGAAAGUCGCUAUAUCGAGGCAUCUUUGCAGAAUCACCUUCUGAAUUCUCGGAUUGUGUCGACCUUAAAGCGCCACACGAAAGGCAGAGCCUCGGGAACGAAGUCUCAGUUACCAGCAAUGGUUUACGUGCCGACGGCGUUUUCCUUCCGGGCCAAGACGAUUGUUGCAUUCUGGAUCUAGGUUGCUGUCGCAUUGGCCCCAGCUCCGAUCCCGAAUGGUUGUACGUCCGGCUUCAAAAGGUAGGAGAGACGUUUGUCCGGGUCCUUCCGAAAUUCGUCACUGCGGAGAAAUCACGGCUUCUUUGGUGGCAGGGCACUAGGCGAACAGUCUAUGUCCGCAAAAGCGUCCACGGCCAACAGUUGACGGAAGCAAACUACCGCAUAUCAAGCGUGGCGAUGCAGUUUGCCAAGUCUCUGCGAGGCCAGUUGAGGCUCUGCGACGUGCUGCCAUUGCAGAACUGGGAGCCGGAAACCACCCGAUUCUUCGGAUUUGAAUCAGUCAACUUUGUCGGCACCGUCCCCUUUGUUUUCGAGGCACCCCCUGGGGCUCCGCGGCUAAGAGAGCGUCUUGUACUCCUCUGCGGUGUCCACAAGUCUUUCAUCCGCAGCUGGAGACUCGACUCGUGGGCAGCCCUUUUCCAAGAAUCAGGUGCAAACGACGAUCUUUCCACGGCUCUGGUGGCGCUGGCCCACGGAGACGACACGAGUCUCCCUGAAGACCACCGGCAGAAUGCGAUCAAGGACAUGCUGUUUGCCAAUUUUUCAGACACCUACGGCGUCUUGAGGGGUCUCGAUAAAAGAAACUCGGUCAAGAUUGAGGAUCGAGCUGGUCGGACGCAGUACAUCCUGUCUUUGGAGAUGCACGACGUGCCCGUGGGAAACACAUGGAGAGCCACAACGGCGACCGUCAAUUGCGAGGUGGUGGACGUACCCGUGGAAAAAGUUCGAAGCUCGACGGCGCUGGUGAAAUCGGCGAUCAAGGAAGUCGACUACCCGCUGGUGCCGAUCGACGGUAUCAAAGCAAGAUCCCCUGCUGUGGGUGUUCUACAGACUCGAUCACAGACCUGCAUAUAUUGA